ACUUUUAAACUGAUUGUUGGAGAAUAAAGUUCAAGAAUAUUUAGUUGGCUACACUAGCCUUAUUGUCAGUUAUUUUUUUGUUUAUCAAUCUGUCAUUGGAAUGAAAGCAAGUGGGAUAAUGUCUAGAAGGGUGAAUCUUAUUGGAAUAUAUUCGAUUGUAUCAUUUGUGUUACUGUUUUUUGCUGUAAGAAGCUCCAACUAUUAUCAUACAUCAGAUCAACCUCAGCAGAUCAUACAAAAUCUUUCAUUGGAAAUUGAAGACGUUAUCAAUUAUGAACGUUUGCUGAUCGCUGAAGAAAUGCAGGAUUAUGAAUAUCCAAACGGAAGAUUUGGUGUUGAAGCAAAAAAUCUUCAAGAAUUGACACCUGAAACGGGUGGAAUGCCAAUACGAUCCAUCAUCAUAUCGACAUGGAGAAGUGGAUCUACUUUCUUUGGCGAUAUUCUAAAUGCAUUGCCAGGAAAUUUUUAUCACUACGAGCCAAUGCUAUAUUUCGGAAUCAAGCAGAUUCGAGGGCCACCUAAUGACACGCAAGCAAUAACUCUUUUAAAACAACUACUCAAAUGUAAUUAUACAGGAAUAGAUGACUAUUUAGAAUAUGGAGAGAAUCAUAAAAAUACGUUCAGUCUUAAUUCGAGACAUUGGGAGCAAUGUCAACUUUUUCCAAGCUAUUGUUAUCAACAAAAGUUUCUUGAGCCUUUCUGUAAGCUCUUCCCUCUACAGAGUAUGAAAGUUGUUAGACUGAGAAUGGAAAUUGCAGCAAGUCUGCUUCGAGACACAAGUUGGUGUCCGGGCAAACCCGAUUGUGAUAAUUCUACUAUUGCAUGUGAGGAUAUGGUCUCGGAUUACCAUUCGGCGGUUGCUCUAGCGAAGGAAUUUCCUAUAAGUUUUAAAGCCGUUCGCUACGAAGAUCUUUCACUUUUGCCUUACAACAUUACACAAGAAAUUCUACAGUUUUACGGUUUGGCUUAUGAUCGUCGCGUUUCUAAAUUUCUUGAUACACACACGAAGACAAACGUUGGUGGCGUGUCAUCGACAAUCCGAGAUUCAAAAUUGGCUCCUUUUCAUUGGACGCAGGAAUUACCUUACAACGAAGUAAAAGAUAUUCAAGACAAUUGUAAGGAGGCGUUGAGACUUUGGGGAUAUAAGGAAGCGACAAAUGCUAUUUUACUGAUUCGUGACCCGCGUGGUUUCCUUCAAUCACGAAAGCAUCGUAGUUGGUGUCCGGGCAAACCCGAUUGUGAUAAUUCUACUAUUGCAUGUGAGGAUAUGGUCUCGGAUUACCAUUCGGCGGUUGCUCUAGCGAAGGAAUUUCCUAUGAGUUUUAAAGCCGUUCGCUACGAAGAUCUUUCACUUUUGCCUUACAACAUUACACAAGAAAUUCUACAGUUUUACGGUUUGGCUUAUGAUCGUCGCGUUUCUAAAUUUCUUGAUACACACACGAAGACAAACGUUGGUGGCGUGUCAUCGACAAUCCGAGAUUCAAAAUUGGCUCCUUUUCAUUGGACGCAGGAAUUACCUUACAACGAAGUAAAAGAUAUUCAAGACAAUUGUAAGGAGGCGUUGAGACUUUGGGGAUAUAAGGAAGCGACAAAUGCUAGUGAAUUAUUAAAAGACUUUAAUCCGCUUUUACCAUUUCCUGACUUUGACUCCAUUUAGGUAGUUAAAUUGAUUUCAAUUAAUGUUAUUCUCGUCUACUUCUUUUCCGAAUUCUAAAUUCUAAAAAUGUUGUAUGUCUCAAAUUAUUUCAAAUUUUAGCUUUUUCUUAAAUAAACUUAAAAUUUCAAUUGAAGUUUAACUUUGACAUGUACCUAAAGAAACGUUGAUUUUAUUUUUUAACGUUGUCAGUGCAACGCCAAUUAAAUGAAAAGGAGGGUGAGUAAAAAUAAGGGAAAGUUAUGAGGCAAAAAUAAAUAAAAUAAAAGAAUUCUGUGAUUGAAAGUCGUAAAGAAAACUAGGGAAACUAUCAGUUGGAUUAAUAAGCGAAAAGA